UCACAUCUCUCACAUCCCUGCACUUCUCUCUCCCCCCCUCUCCCUAUGGAUUCCAUACCGUAAGCCCACCUAAUCCGUAAACCCUAGAAUCCAUAUAUCCUCGAAGGUCUCCGGCAAAUCAACGGAGAGCGAAAACACGAAAAAAAAUUUGAAUUUUCCGAAAAAUUUGUGUAUUGUUUUUGGAAUUUAAUUUUUGGGGCGUCGAGUAUGCAUAGAUCCGGAGCUGUGAUGGCUUGGAACGUUUUCAAGUUCUGCACGGCCUUGAGGGGCCUUGGCUCGAUCAUGAUCCUCUUGGUCCUUGGCGUCGUGGGUGUAACCUAUUACGCCGUUGUUUUGACCAGCUACGGCCCGGCUUUGUACGACGGGGGUCUUGCUUCCGUUAUAGCUGUUGCGGUGUUGAUCUUGUUUCAUGGUUUGUUGGUCAUGCUAUUAUGGAGUUACUUUUCUGUUGUUUUAACGGAUCCGGGUGGUGUGCCUCCAAAUUGGAGGCCUAUUAUGGAUGAGGAGAGAGGGGAGGGUGAUCCUUUGACUGGGUCAGAUUUUGGUGUUUCGCCAGCUGAGGCUUCAAAGCAGAGGGUUCGGUAUUGUCGAAAGUGCAGCCAGAUGAAACCGCCUCGCUGCCACCAUUGUUCUGUUUGUGGGAGAUGUAUACUGAAGAUGGACCAUCAUUGUGUUUGGGUUGUGAAUUGUGUUGGGGCUUUGAACUACAAAUAUUUCCUUCUUUUCUUGUUUUACACGUUUCUUGAAACAAGUCUUGUGACUUUAUCAUUACUACCACAUUUUAUAGCAUUCUUUACUGAGGGAGAAAUACCUGGAUCACCUGGCACCCUUGCAACCACUUUUCUUGCCUUUGUCUUGAACCUAGCGUUUGCAUUGAGCGUGAUGGGAUUCCUGAUUAUGCACAUAUCAAUGGUGGCUGCUAAUACCACAACCAUUGAGGCAUAUGAGAAAAAGACCACCCUGAAAUGGCGGUAUGACCUCGGUCGAAAGAAGAAUUUUGAACAGGUGUUUGGUACAGACAAGCUAUACUGGUUCAUCCCUGCAUACACAGAAGAAGAUCUACGGCGGAUGCCAGUGCUUCAGGGUCUUGAAUUUCCAUCAAAGCCUGAUUUGGAUGCCCAAGAGUUCUAACUUAUUCAUGUACGAAAAAUUUCAGGUUUUCCCUUGUAACGAUAGAUUCAGAGCCUCCCACGAAACAUUCCCUUAACUAUUAACUGAUCAAACAGGUUGCAACUAAUUUGGACUCAGAUCCAUCUAUUCCCAGAGCCAUCUUGUUGAAAUAACACGCACGCGAGAGAGAGAGAGAGAGAGAGAGAGAGAGAACAUUGGAUGUGGGGGGCUGCAGCUCAAUCAGAGCAACACACCUGGCUUGUAGAGGAGUGGGAAUGGUAUGGUUGGCUGGUAUUGAUGUCAUGUCUUAACUAUCUAUUCUGGGAAAUCUGGAAAAUUGUAAUAUAAGAAAUGCAAUUGUCUCGAGUCUUGACAUGUCUGGAAUUGGAAUUUGGAAAAUGUAGAAUCAGUCUGUGCCCCUAGCCCAGUUGUAUGCUGCUUGUAUGUUCUUGUCAAUGAUAUUUGGCUUUGGGAACUGUUGAGCAGAGGGAUAUGUAGAAUGGCUUGAAAUUUGGCUGCUUCAAUACCAUGAAGAAACGUUUUUCAUA